UCUCUGUCACUUAGUAGUUAGUCAGGUUAACCAAUCGCAUUGUAGGAAAGUCAAAGUCCACGAUAGAAUAUAGGCAUAGUCUGAUACUCUGUUGAUCUAGAAAGUAAAUUAGUGUUUGCAUACUAUAACUGUAGUCCGACUAGUAAUAGAUACCCAAGAUAGCUACUAUACACAUAAAAAAUUGUUGACAUAAAAUAAGGUACAAAUAUACAAGCAAUCAUUAUAUUAUUCUUCCAAAGUAAUCGAAACAAGUGCCUAACAUUUUGUAAGAUUCUAUUGUUAUUGUAAGAAAUUGUUCUUUAUUCAAUAAAGCAAGUGUUUUAAUGUUAUACGCGAGUAUUGCGAUGGUCCGAGCUGUUUUCUAGCAUUGUCAAGUCCAGUACAGCGUUUGCAUGAGGUCACGACGGCGGUGCUUUACACGCAUGGAAGCCCGGCGCACGGUUGAGCCCGCGCUGCACUCGCGCGCGAAGUUCCGUCGCGCGUUGAGCACAUGGACCUCGCGCGGCCGUCGUCGUCGGAGCGCGCGCCCCUCCGCUGCGGAGGAGUCGGAGCCGAGCCCACGACGUCGCCCCGGACCGUAGAGGCCGCCAUCCCGGAAAGUGCGCCCGCCCGCCAUGUUCAAUUCCCGCCCCCCUCCAGCUCAAGUUCUAGCUCCGACGAUGAAGAGCUGUCGAUUGCCGAGGCCCGUCCUCCCGACGGUGGCUGGGGCUGGGUCGUCGUGUUCGCCUCCUUCAUGGUCAACCUCAUCGCCGAUGGCAUUACGUUCAGUUUUGGUGUAUUCUUUCCGCACUUCCUCGAGUACUUCGGCGAGGGUAAAGGAAAGACCGCUUGGAUUGCCGGCAUCUUUAUGGCGAUGCCGCUGCUGUCCGGACCCAUUGCUAGUUUCUUGACGGAUAGAUACGGCUGUCGACGCAUGACAAUAUUUGGCUCGAUAUUGGCGUUUCUGGGAUUCGUCAUUUCGGCAUUCGUCGACAAUAUGGAGACGUUAUUCCUGACCUUUGGCAUUAUGGCCGGAUUUGGAUUGAGUUUGUGUUACGUAGCCGCUGUGGUUAUAGUGGCUUACUACUUUGAGAAGAAACGUUCUCUGGCGACCGGUAUAUCGGUUUGCGGGAGCGGUAUCGGAACUUUUGUAUUCGCACCCUUAACAUAUAUUUUACUAGACGAGUAUGGGUGGCGGGGAACGACUUUGAUACUCGCUGGGUUUUUCCUGAACAUGGCUGUUUGUGGCUUGUUAUUCCGAGAUUUGCCAUGGACUACUACUAUGAACGCUGAGAAAGCGAGGGAACGAAAAAGACGGCGAGAAAGAAAGAGAAACAAACGUUUUGGAUCCUCAGUGGAUAGUCUUUCUGAUAGUAAAAGUAGCGCCGCCGGGUCCACUAAAGUGACGGACACCGUGAUAGAGGAGGCCUCAACGUCAAUCGUACCUCAAUUCAGUUCUUUGGUCGAUUUGCCGACAUUUAUGACCGGAGGAGAAGGGGUUUCCCUAGAAGUAUUCGAAUUAAUGUCCAACAGAGGGCGAGCGUAUGCGUUACUUGCGCAAAACUAUCCCGGGGUGAUGUUGCCUUCUAGAAGUUUUAGUGAUAGUGGGCGGUUACACGAACAAUCUCCGCCAAAAGCUAUCCUGUCCCCUGGUACAGUUUCUCCCGGGACACUGUCCCCAACUUCGGCUCCCAGUGCUCGAGAACAGAGCAACACAAGUACGAAUGUUCACGAGAAAGCGGCUCUAUCUUUGUGGUUGAGGAGACAGGCGGGUUCUACAAAAAAACCGCCAGCCUUCCUAAAGGACUUGCGAGUCCACAGACACUCGCUUACAUACAGAGGUGCUAUGCUUAAUAUAAACCGGUACAGACUCCGAGCGUCUUCCUGUCCCAACAUAUUCAGGAAUUCCAUGACGACGAUUGCCAAAGAAAAGGUGCAGUGGUACGCUGGUUUAUGGGACUUCUGGGACCUGGCAGUAGACAUGCUGGAUUUCUCUCACUUCCUGAACCCCGCCUUCCUCGUCUUCGCCAUAUCAAACUUCCUCCUCUACAUGUGGUAUGACGUGCCGUAUGUUUACAUCGCGGAUAACGCUUUGAACAUGGGCUUCAACGAGUCUCAAGCCUCUAUGCUGAUAUCCAUUAUAGGAAUAUUGAACAUGUUUGGUGAGAUCCUACUGGGCUGGGUGGGCGAUUGGAGUUGCGUGUCGCCUAUCGUGGUGUACGCAGGUUGUAUGUUGUUGUGUGGGCCGGUGACCCUGGUGAUGCCUCUUCUGGAUUCGUACCCGAAGGUCGCUGCGGCCGCCGGAGCCUUCGGAGCCUUCAUCGCGGCUAACUACUCUCUCACCAGCAUCAUCCUAGUGGAACAGAUCACCUUGGAGAAGUUCACGAACGCUUACGGAUUGCUUCUGCUUAUACAGGGUGUUGCCAAUCUGGUGGGACCGCCGCUUGCAGGGUGGGUGUACGACAUCACAGACUCCUAUGACCUAUCUUUCUACCUGGCUGGAGUGUUCAUAGCCAUCUCCGGUGUGAUCCUCCUGAUACUUCCCAUAUACAACAUCGCCAAGAGAUACAAGCAGAGGAAGUUGAGGAAGACCCAGCUGAAUGGACUGCAUCAUAACGGAAAACUUCUACCAUAGGACAUCCACUGGGAUCGAUGUCUUGACAUCACUAACUUUGCACAACAACCGCUUGCAGAAUCUUUAUAUAUAAAUUGAAUAUUCAAACCCCUCUCCAUACUUACAUAACACAAUAUUUACAAGUAAAUCUACCGUUUGGAGCGAUGAAUGUACGCGGUGACAUCUGUAAUGUUAAGGUUUAUGAAGUUAUAGCUAAUUAAUAUUUGGAAGUAUUUUUAAUCAAAGUUAAGGUGAGAAGUAGGGUUUAGAUCGAGCGUUUGAACUAAUGCACAUUGAUGUAGAGGCACAAAAUAUAUUUAAUGUAUGGAAUACAAGUGUGGGUGAAACAUUUGAAGGGAGUUGCCAUUAAAUAGUCUAUGCAAUUUUCUAGUAAAGUACUGGCAACUCUAUAUGUGAAGAGUGCAACACCACGUCAAAUGUGCAUUAGUUGUCAAUGACAGUUUGUUCUAGAGUGUUCUUUAUAUGGUAACGAGUAUGUUCAUGGCACCUCAUGAUAGGACCUAUUUGGUAAGAUAUUAAUUCAGUAACGGUACGUUUUUAAGAGUGAAUUAUAUUAAUGAGCCAUAGUCAUACCUCGAUUGUUAUUAGUUAAAGGUUAUUAUAUAAGAAUUAGUGUGACAUGUUGUGAAGCGAACACAAGGAGGCUAGAGAAACAAAAUGAUGGAUCUAUUCGAUACAUAAGGGAUCGUUCGGAUGGAGAGAUAUCGCCGAGUUAAUGAGUGACUACACUAGGUAGAGAGCCCUUGGAAAUAUAUUUUUACUGAUAAUUUUGAUUUCAACAGAGGUUUGGUGUAUUAAUUUCGAUCAAUAGUUUUUUAAUAUAUAACCUGGUAAGUACCAAAGACUGCCCUCUGACAUAUUGGUCGUAGCCCCGUAGGUUAGGAAGCCGAGUCGUCAUUGAGUCAUAGUUUUCAUACAUGUAUAUAGUUCUUAAGGACGUACCAAAAUAUUAUCGGACACUAGCGUUUUCUAAUAGCAUUUUAUCGCACGUUUACAUUAGCAGAAAUAUUGUAAUUCGAUUAUGAAAACUCUUAGCCGUAAAGUAAGUUGAAAUAAAUUUAUUUAUUAUACAUUCGACGUUGGUAUUAGGUAUUUUAUAAAACUCUCAACUAACACGAUUGAUCUUUACACUAUGAAGUUACGACGCUAGUUUCUAUGAAUGUAAUGGACGUCACUUACUUGCCAAAUGAUUGUCUAAUAAAAAUAUUUUAUCACCUUUUUGCUUAGUGUAAUAAAUAACUUUUCCUCAUAUGUAUACAACAAUCAGUCGCUUAUUUUUCUUGGUUAAAAACAUCGUCGCCUCCUUUUUCACGUAUAUUAAAAGUAGAGGAGUUUUUUUAUAAAUUAUUUUUAAAGAUCAUUGAAAUCAUGCAUUAACAUGUUUUUGUCACUUGUAUGUUGUUAGAAAAAUAAAAGUACUUUUUUAUUUUUAUAACAUUAUUCGGAAUCACAUGAAAAACUUCACAUCACGGAAUAUUUCUAUGAUAACGCAUAGCAGCUUCGUUGUGAUCUUGUUCGUUUGUUUCAUUUCAAACUCUUAUUCAAUUUUGACUUCUUCACUGACAGACAGUCUUCAGACUUCAGUCAUGUAAAUGUCAACAUUUCACCUUUGACAGUGACAUAUUUUGCGUUUUGACAUUAGUAUGAUACUCCUAUAAUGUUUCAUGGGUAUGUAUAGUGUCAAUAUAUUUUUGAGUGACCACGAAUUUCAAACAGUAAUCACAGUAUAUAGGAGUAUUGUAAAUAUUUAAUUUGUGCAUGAGCAUGUAUUAUGUUUUAUGUAGCGAAGCCAAUACGAAACGGGUAUAAAUGUAUUACUGCACUUUCGUUUAUGUGCGUUUAGUAAAAUCUUACAAAGUGGUAUUUUGUUUUAUUUGUCGUCCCAUUUGCACGUGCCAUCAGUUUACUUGUUUUAUUGCUUUUUUAAACAUCAUACUCUUUUUUUCUGGUAUAGUUGGUUAACCUUUGCCAUUAGUAUUGUUGUAAUUUGUGAUACACAACACCAUCACAUAUACUAACGGAGUUAUAUAGAUUUGUGUCGUUUCCUGUGGAGAUAGGAUAUUAUUGAUAUCUAUCUGAAUAUAUUUAUAAAUAAAUAGAGUUUAUUGUAUACGUCAUGGUGUUCCUCAUACAAUAAAACAUUUGCUGAAUUGACAUACACAAAAAUGUAUUUCUAGCUUUUCAUGUAUUUUUUUUAUUUAAUUAUUUAUUCGCGACAGAUAGUCCACUAUAUACAGCCCAAUAUGUAACUAAAGGUACGAUUACAUCAUUGUGAUACAUUUCAAAUAAGAGUGCUUUUAUUGAUUAAAUGUUAAAAUGCAGAAAUAUAAAUAUACAAUUUAAUAUAAUUGAUAGUAUUAGUACGUAAUAGUGAUGCUAGCGAGGAUUUGACUAGUAUUAAACAUGGCUGCAGCAAAGUUAUCACCAGACAAUAUCAAUAAAAAAAUAAUUAUGGAAGUAGAAAUGAUACGUUUGAAAUAAAAAUGGAUUGUUGUCAAAUAUAAAUAACAAAGUCUUCCAGGUUUACAAAUAUAAUUUAAAAAAGGAACACUUGAUAAUGUUUAAGAGCAUGAUUCAGUGUCAUUAUUUUUAUUUAUUUUAUAUAUGUCAAAGAUUUUAAGAAUAAUGAUAGAGAUGGCUAAGUACGAACCAAAGUAUUUAAGAUAUUUACCUCAAAUUAAGACUCAAAUAAUAAUCUAAGAUCGGUACCAUUUUUGGCAUUUGAAUGUUAUAGUGGCAUUAAAUUAAUGUAAGUAUAGAUUCUUAUGUUGAGAUAAAUUAAAUUCUAUAUUUAAAACUUAGCAAGCCAUACGGAGUAUAACACUUAUAAAGAGCUUCUACAAAAGUUUUAGUGAAAUCCAAACUGCAAAUAGUCGUUGCUCUGUUAAUAGUUUGUGUUUCCGUGUUCGAUAUUGUCUUUAAUAUCUUUGCUGUAGUUGAAUGUAUCGUUCACAAGAAUAACUUUAAACGUUGGAAUCAUUAGGUGAUAAUAAAUUUAGUCUCAGAUUUACCUUAUUUUUAUUGUAGCGGCACGUUAGAUUAGAGUUUGAGUAAUAAAAUAAUCAUUAUAUACCUCAGUAACGUUACGACCUAGGCCUUAUAUAAGCAAAUAAAUAUUACUUUAGCAUUUGAAACCUGUUUGAACCAUUUAUAAACUUGAUAAUUAUGAAUAAAAAGUUUGUAGUUGA